AUGAGACGGUUUCUCCUCUUCCAAGGUUCUGAUGAGGCUCCCGCGGGCGGACACGCCGGAAGAGGAGGCCAGGGAAUGGCCGCGGUGUGGCAGCAGGUCUUAGCAGUAGACGCGAGGUACAACGCGUACCGCACACCAACGUUUCCACAGUUUCGGACGCAAUAUAUCCGACGGCGCAGCCAGCUACUGCGAGAGAAUGCCAAAGCUGGGCACCCUCCAGCAUUGCGUCGGCAGUACCUGAGGCUGCGUGGGCAGCUGCUGGGCCAGCGUUACGGGCCCCUCUCUGAGCCAGGCAGUGCUCGUGCCUAUAGCAACAGCAUCGUCCGCAGCAGCCGCACUACCCUUGACCGCAUGGAGGACUUCGAAGAUGAUCCUCGGGCCCUGGGGGCCCGUGGGCACCGCCGCUCUGUCAGCCGAGGCUCCUACCAACUGCAAGCACAGAUGAACCGUGCUGUCUAUGAGGACAGGCCCCCAGGCAGCGUGGUGCCCACCUCAGCGGCAGAAGCAAGUCGAGCCAUGGCUGGGGACACAUCGCUGAGCGAGAACUAUGCCUUUGCGGGCAUGUACCAUGUUUUUGACCAGCACGUGGAUGAGGCAGUCCCCAGGGUGCGCUUCGCCAAUGAUGACCGGCACCGCCUGGCCUGUUGCUCACUUGAUGGCAGCAUCUCACUGUGCCAGCUGGUACCUGCCCCGCCCACCGUGCUCCGAGUGCUGCGGGGCCACACCCGCGGCGUCUCCGACUUUGCCUGGUCUCUCUCCAAUGACAUCCUUGUGUCUACCUCCCUUGAUGCCACCAUGCGCAUCUGGGCCUCUGAGGAUGGCCGCUGCAUCCGGGAGAUCCCUGACCCUGACGGCGCCGAACUGCUCUGCUGCACCUUCCAGCCGGUCAACAACAACCUUACUGUGGUGGGGAAUGCCAAGCACAAUGUGCACGUCAUGAACAUCUCCACGGGCAAGAAAGUGAAGGGUGGUUCCAGCAAGCUGACGGGCCGCGUCCUCGCUCUGUCUUUUGAUGCCCCUGGCCGACUUCUCUGGGCGGGUGAUGACCGCGGCAGUGUUUUCUCCUUCCUCUUUGACAUGGCCACAGGGAAGCUGACCAAAGCCAAGCGACUGGUGGUGCACGAGGGCAGCCCUGUGACCAGCAUCUCUGCCCGCUCCUGGGUCAGCCGUGAGGCCCGGGACCCCUCACUACUCAUCAAUGCUUGCCUCAACAAGCUGCUGCUCUACAGAGUGGUGGACAAUGAGGGGACCCUGCAGCUGAAGAGAAGCUUCCCCAUUGAGCAGAGCUCACACCCUGUGCGCAGUAUCUUCUGCCCUCUCAUGUCCUUCCGCCAGGGGGCCUGUGUGGUGACUGGCAGUGAGGACAUGUGCGUGCAUUUCUUUGAUGUGGAGCGGGCAGCCAAGGCCGCCGUCAACAAGCUGCAGGGCCACAGUGCGCCCGUGCUGGAUGUCAGCUUUAACUGUGAUGAGAGCCUGCUGGCUUCAAGCGACGCUAGUGGCAUGGUUAUCGUCUGGAGGCGGGAGCAGAAGUAG